UGAUAUCAAUUAAUAUUGCUGUUAAUUAUGAAUUCCCAUACACAAAAGUAAUAAAACAUAGUAACAUUAUACUCAAUAAACUCAAUCCAGAAACUACUAGGUUAAGGACUCCCUGUUUGACAAAAAUUGUUAGGAUAACUGGGAAGAAGUAGGGCAGAAAUUAGGUUUAGUUCAACAUCUCACAUAAAACAUAUAUAUAACACUAUUUCGUCUCAGAAGAGAGAGUUAUAACAUGAUGUAAAGCCAUUAUAAAAUGUUUAUAUAAAUCAGUUAUAAAAUAUAAAACCCCUGCCCCAGUCUCCCAACAAUAGGAUGAAUUAACUGCUCGAUAGAGUUAUUUAACAGGGUAUAAUUUAAAUGCUUUUGAAGGUUGAGCUCAUUUGAAAUCAGGCUACCUCGUUCCCUGGACAGGGAGAAAUCAGGCAUUUUGCUGCCUUGGUUAUGAAGUUCUCUGAACCAACUUCUAUCUUCAAAGAAUAAUAUUAGCGACUCCCCCUUGAUGUUUGCUAUGUCAUCACAGAUUUUACCUUGACAGCUGUCCGUGAUGUCAAUAGAAUGUUUGAUGCUGUUGGGAAAAAAAAAAACAAAACAAAACCGAAACCAGCAGGAGCUACUGUGGCCCAUCACCCCCAAGGAGCGGGAUGAGCUGACAUUGAGUCAAUAUGGAUUUAAAUUGGGAAUCAGGAAGAACUUGCUGACAUUAUGAGCCCCAUCUGUGAUCAUGAAGAACCAGUGAGAUACUUGGGAGCAGGGGAGGGGAGUGCUCCGUCCUAUCUGGAGGCAGGGGAAGAGGAUCGAUUUAGAAGGGCUUUUGUCCCAAGGAUCUGGGAAAUAUCAAGAAAAUGAGGUGGAUGUAGAACCAUUAUCGGACUACUGAGAAUUCAGGGGAAUAAAGGACUUUCAUAUGAACUUGCCUGCUUCUAUGUAGAUUUUGAUCACCGGCUGGAAUUUCUCAUCUUGCAUCUGGGAAGAUUUUCAAGAAUAAACACCAGGCCCGUCUCCCUCUCUUCUCCCUUUUGCUCCCCUCUUCCCCUAGAUGCUCCGGGAGGAAGCUUCUUAUCCAUUUUCCUUGAAGCCAGGACCAGGGUUCCCUCCACCAACUCCUAACCUCCACCAUCCCUAUUCCCGGACCGGAAGCCUGCUGGUAUUCCCUCUCAUUAGUUCUAUAAUCAAGUCUUGGGAAGAGCAACCUGGUGUAGUUUCCAAAGGGAACUUGUCAUUGAGGAGAUGAUUACAGCCGCCUCUUCAUUAAUUAAGCCUCUGUUGCCAUAGAAGGGCUGGGCAGACUAAGGGGGGAGACUUAUUCAAUCAAUCCCAUCUCCCUGGGCGGGUGCAGCAACCACAGCAGCAGCAGCAGCAGCAAAUGAACCCAGAGUUCCUUUAACCCCUGUGGCUCCAGGAUCCUCCCAGACAUCAGAAAAGCAUCCCUGGUUUUCCUGCCUAACGGGGUGCCACGAUCCUGGCCAAGGUGGAAGAGGUGGAGAGGACGUCUCUUUCUUGCAGUUAAAGAGCUGGCAUGAGUUUCUGCCAUGCAGGCUAGAAUGCAGCUUCUAUCCCCGCCGCCCUCCUGCCUCUUUCAGUGUCAUUAGCUCAUCGAGGUCCAGCCGCCUGGAAGUUGUACACCUGCUCUGUAUGUGUGUGUGUGUGUGUGUGUGUGUGUGCACUUGUGAGUGUGUGUCUACUUCAGCGUUUUUUCCUUGGGGACCUGAACUGGGAUGAUUAUAUCCUCUUUUCUCUUGGUGUACCUCCUGCAUGUCUCCAACCUUCAGGCAUUUAAGCAGAAUGCUGAAAAAACAGCAGGCCUGGUAGAAUACCCCCUGAGCACCCCUUUUCUCCACCAAGGGAAAGCAUCCCACUCUGUUCCUCAAGAGUUGGGAGCUGGGAAGGUGGGGUCCAUUCAGCAGAAUCCAUGUGGCUCUCCCGUGGCCCUGGAAUGCGACCGUGGACCAGGGCAUGUGGCUGGAGGACUUCCCUCCCAGAGGGCUGUUAGGCUCAGGGGGCCAGUGAAACUAAGAUUGCCGGCUUGGCUACAGAGCUGCUCAGGAAGAUGUUGAAGUUUCGGGCUGACCGGAGAGUCAGCCACAAUGAAAGACGGAACACAUUUCUGCACCCAGUGACGGGCCAGAUCCCCGAAGAAAACAAAAGAUUUGACUUGAGAAAAUCUGCCUCGGACAUGUCCAGUAAAACUGGUGGAAAGCGCUCGACAACCACCUCCAGUGACACAGCCAACAACAACAUGGUGUCUGAGGUCCCCCCAGAGCGGCCCAAUGUCAGGGCACCCCGUACUUCCCGCAAAGCUAUAGCCUUUGGCAAACGUUCCAACUCCAUGAAGCGAAACCCCAAUGCCGCUGUCACAAAGAGUGGCUGGCUCUUCAAACAGGCCAGCUCUGGGGUGAAGCAAUGGAAUAAACGCUGGUUUGUUCUGGUGGACCGAUGCCUCUUCUACUACAAAGAUGAGAAGGAGGAGAGCAUCCUGGGAAGCAUCCCACUCCUGAGCUUCCGGGUGGGAGCCGUGCAGCCCUCGGAUAACAUCAGCCGAAAACAUACCUUUAAGGUGACGGUGUGCUGGGCAGGAGAGCCUAGGGCUGAUCCCACGAACUGCCUCUCCCCGCAGGCUGAGCAUGCUGGGGUCCGCACCUACUUCUUCAGUGCGGAGAGCCCUGAGGAGCAGGAGUCCUGGAUCCAGGCCAUGGGGGAGGCAGCCCGGGUACAGAUUCCCCCAGCUCAGAGGUCAGCCCCUCAAGCUGUUCGACACAGCACCGGGAAGGGGCUGGAUCUCCUGACAGGCACACCUUCGGCCUCCCGCAGCCUUGAGAAGCCCGACUCGGAGAAUAUCCCGCCCAGCAAACACCACCAUCACCACCACCAGCCCCGAAACAGCGUCCCCAAACCGGAGCCAGAGACCAAGACCAGAGGGGAAGGAGAUGGCCGAGGCUGUGAAAAGACAGAGCGGAAGCUGGAGCAACCAGAAAUCAAGAAGGAACCACUGGUGAAAGCCAACGGUGUUCCCGAUGGCCCCGAUCCGGCACUGGAGCCCGGCAGCCCCUACCCAGAAGCCCCCCGGGUGCCCCCGGGUGGGGAGCGAGGGACCCAACCCAAUGGCUGGCAAUAUAGUUCUCCCAGCAGGCCAGGGAGCACCGCUUUCCCCCCCCAAGACGGGGAGAGCAUCGGUCACCGUCGCAGUUUUCCUCCUCGAACCAACCCAGACAAGAUUGCUCAGCGGAAGAGCUCCAUGAACCAGCUACAGCAGUGGGUGAACCUGCGUCGGGGAGCACCGCCACCAGAGGAUCUUAGGAGCCCCUCCAGGUUCUACCCUGUGUCCCGACGAGUCCCCGACUAUUAUGGCUCGUACUCCCCCCAGUACCCAGAUGAUUUCCAGUACUACCCCCCAGGGGUGCGCCCAGACAGUAUCUGCUCCAUGCCAGCCUAUGAUCGGAUCAGCCCGCCCUGGGCCUUGGAGGAGAAGCGCCACUCCUUCCGAAAUGGGGGCAGCACCGCCUACCAGCUCCGCGAGUGGAAGGAGCCCCCUGGCUACGGGCGUCAGGACGGGGUCUGGAUCCCCAGCCCUGCCCGGCAGCCCGUCUAUUACGAUGAACUGGACGCCGCCUCGGCCUCCCUCCGCCGCCUCUCCCUGCAGCCGCGUUCCCACUCUGUGCCACGGUCCCCUAGCCAAGGGUCUUACGGCCGGGCUCGCGUCUACUCCCCGGCCCGGUCCCCGAGUGCCCGCUUUGAGCGCCUGCCACCACGGAGUGAGGACAUCUAUGCCGACCCCGCCGCCUACGUGAUGAGGAGAUCUGUCAGCUCCCCCAAGUAUGAUUACUUGGGUGACCGGAGGCCUGUCCCUGCAGGAAUAUUCCCUUACAACUAUCCACCAUCUCCCACAGUCCAUGACAAAAUGGACGAACUUUUAGAUCUUCACUUGCAAAGAAACCUAGAGUAUUUGGAUCAGCAGAUGAAUGAGAGUGAGACUCUCAUCAGUAUGGUGAACCGAAUGGUGGAAAAUUCUUCCCCCAGGGCCCAGCUAUUCAUGCAAGUUCCUUCUUACUCAGAGGUGUUUCGGGAUGGCCUCCAUACCUACAAGUUAAACGAGCAAGAUACCGAUAAGCUCCUGGGUAAACUAUGUGAGCAGAACAAGGUGGUGAGGGAACAGGACCGGCUUGUGCAGCAGCUCCGGGCAGAGAAGGAGAGCCUAGAGAGUGCUCUGAUGGGCACCCACCAGGAGAUGGAAAUGUUUGGGAGUCAGCCUGCCUAUCCUGAGAAGCUACUGCAUAAAAAGGAAUCCUUGCAGAACCAGCUGAUCAACAUUCGGGUCGAGUUGUCCCAGGCCACUACGGCUUUGACUAACAGCACGAUAGAGUAUGAAACUCUAGAGGGGGAGGUCUCUGCCCUGCAUGAUGAUCUUUGGGAGCAGCUCAACUUGGACAACCAGAAUGAUGUCCUUAACCGGCAAAUCCAGAAGGAGAUCUGGAGGAUCCAGGAUGUGAUGGAGGGCCUUCGGAAGAAUAACUCAUCUCGGGGCACAGAUACUGCCAAGCACCGAGGAGGGCUCGGCCCUUCAGCCACCUUCAGUUCCAAUAGCCCUGCAAGCCCCCUCAGCUCAGCCAGCCUCACCAGCCCCCUGAGCCCAUUCUCCAUGGUUUCUGGCUCCCAGGGGUCUCCCACUAAGCCUGGGCCUCAUGAGGAACCUGGCCCUCCUCGGCCUCCCCUCCCCAAAGCGUAUGUCCCCCUGGAGUCUCCUCCAACAGUCCCUCCGCUCCCUAGUGAAAGCCGCUUCUGGCCGCACCCCAACUCUCCCUCAUGGCAACGAAGUGGCGAGACAGCCAGGGGCCAGCCAAAGGGAAGUUAUGAGCAGAGCAAGAAGGACCCUCACCAGACGUCUCCCCUGGAGGCUUCCAGAGACAUCAGUCUCAUGUCCACCAGACAAGAACUGGAGGCUGAUAAGCAGGCAGCUCUCAAUAAAGUUGGCAUCGUGCCCCCUCGGACAAAGUCCCCCACUGAUGAGGAGGUAGCACCGUCGACGGUGGUGAGGAGGAGUGCCAGUGGGCUUUCUAACGGGUCCCUCUCCCGGCAGGAGCGUCCCAAGAGUGCAGUGUUUCCCAACGAGGUGAAGGCCAAGAUGAGUGUGGAGGAGCAGAUCGACCGCAUGAGGCGGCAUCAGAGCACCUCCAUGAAGGAGAAGCGUCGGAGCCUACAACUCCCAGCUGGCCCAUCCCCUGACCCCACUGCCCGACCCUCCUACAAAGUGGUGCGCCGUCACCGCAGUAUCCACGAGGUAGAUAUCUCCAACUUGGAGGCGGCACUUCGGGCGGAGGAGCCCGGCGGGCAGACCUACGAGACUCCCCAGGAAGAGAUUGCCCGACUUCGAAAGAUGGAGCUGGAGCCCCAGCACUACGACGUGGACAUCACCAAGGAGCUCUCCACACCCGACAAAGUCUUCAUCCCUGAGCGGUACAUUGAGCUGGAGCCAGAAACGCCCCUGAGUCCAGAAGAGUUGAAAGAGAAGCAGAAAAAAGUGGAAAGGAUCAAAACUCUCAUUGCCAAAUCCAGUAUGCAGAACGUGGUGCCCGUGGGCGAGGGCGACUCGGUGGACGUGCCACAGGACCCCGAGAGCCAGCUUCAGGAGCAGGAGAAGAGGAUUGAAAUCUCCUGCACCCUGGCGACUGAGGCUUCCCGAAGGGGCCGCAUGCUGUCUGCUCAAUGUGCCACCCCAAGCCCUCCCACCUCCCCUGCUUCCCCGACUCCACCAGCCAACCCCCUCUCGUCUGAUCCCCCGCGGGGAACCGACAGCAGCCAUUCUAUGCGGGUCUGAGCUGUGACUGCAAGCCCUGGCUGAGGUCAAUGCUGUGAAGUUCCACAGAGCCACCUUCUGAAGUCGUCCUCCGCCAUACUAUCUCACCUCCACCAUGCUCCCCACCCACAGGACUGCCGUGGGGAGCCUGGCCUGGGGUGGUUUUGGCUGCUGAGAGGAGCACAGAUACCUCAAGAAUACAUGCAUCCUCAUGGCCUCUUGGAUCAUGGCCCCAUUCUGGAGAGAUGGUCCUGUUGCUCUGCUCCGUGAGGGUCACCGGACCAGGGCUAAGGACUGGCAUGGGGUGCAGCACGCCACCUGGCACUGAAUGAAAAGGAACUCCUACAGCUGGUGCAAGUGUACAUCAGAACCCGCUGUGGAGGGGAGCACAUGGGCCAGGAGGUGGAAGAAUGGACCUAUUCCUUCCCCAACCCCAGAAAAGUCCUGCUUAGCCUAUAACCUUGACACCAAGGGAAGAAUCCCCAGUCUCCCUUUACUAUUCUCCCCAACUAGCUCUCAAUUUAAACCCUCAGCUUUAACCAAUCUCGGCUCACGGACGCCCUCUGGGGACAGAAGAGGGACUGGUCAUCCUGACUGUGCCAAAGACAAGUAUAAUGGGUCAAGAGAAGAAUGCAAGGAUGUGAAUGUCAGUCACAGGGCUCAGUGGUGGUGGUACAGGUGGUGGGGUUAGUGGUUAGGGAACCAGCGGGUCUGUGUAGUGUCUAAGAACAAGUCAAAGAGGGUGAAGCGAUGGGGAAGCAGAGGAAAGUGAUUGGGGAGCCUUCUCCCACAUUGAUUUGCAAGUUGGGGGGUGGGGAGGGAGAAAGAACUGAAAAAGAAGCUCAAAAUUUGUUUUCUCUGAGUGAAGUCACCAUUCAGUAAUGGAAACAAUACUGGCGUUUCUGAGAACUUUAUCACUCCCAAAAGCCCUCUUCCUGGGCACCCCUUGCCCCCAAGCUAGCCUGAGGAAGACCUGCUUGGGCAGGUGCUGCUUCAGUCUCAUACCUUUUAUUCAAAUUGGGAGGUCAUUGAUGAGAACCUGGGAAGAGGCUCUGGAUAGAUGGAUGUCCCAAGUGUAGGGAUGGCAGCUGGCAAAGGUGAAAUGGGGAAAACUUUACUUAGCCAGUUUAGUGACAGUUCCCUGGUCCCAAUCCCUUAGUUUCCUGCAGACAGAUGCCAGAAUCCAAAAGCCCAAUCCAUCACUUAAUCCAUACUCUCAUUCUUGCAGAAAAUUCCCAAUCAGCGCCAGGUUUCAGACACCACGGAAUUCUAAUAUGUUGACUUUUCUGGCACUUCCAAUACAGAGGAGGAGGAUAUAUAGAGAUGAGCAGGUCAUCUUAUCCUUUCCUAUUCAAUAAUAUAAGAUAGAUGCAGCUAGAAAAGAGUAAGUCUGGUCUCUGGAUGCCAUCUUUUUGCCAUAAUUACUAGCCUUAGGGUCACUGAUAUAGAGCACUCCCAUAUACCCCAAUAACCUAGUUCAAACCUAAGGAGAGCUGCAAACAGCAACUUUUUAGCAUCCUCUUGCCCUUGUCCAACUCCUUUCCCUUCUUACUGGCUAGAAUAGUUGCUAUGCCCAUAUAAAUUUCCUAAAUAAGUCACUGCCUCCUAAAGGACUCUCCUAUACACAUACACCUCAUUGCUCAAAGAUGACAGCUAGUAUCAAUUUUCUUCAUGUAUUUUGAUCUCACCUCUGCAUACUGUUCUAAGCCUAAUUGAAACAUACCUGGUUUGUCCUUCCUGUUUGGGAAUGAGGGUGCAUGUGGAGAAAGAAGGGUAUCCGGUGAUCUUUCUCUUUAGAAUCUUGCUCCUCUUGCCCCAUUUAACUCUCUGUGAAGAAACCCCUCUCCCCCCACUUUGAAUGGAUUUCUGGGGACUGUCAAUCCUUCCUGGAGUUUAUCUCUGUCUCCUCUCCCCCACUCCCUUUUUUAAAAAAGUAAUUUUCAAAAGAAAUACAUGUAAAAUACUAGGAAAUAACGUCUGCGCCUCUCCCAUCUCUUUCUCACCUAUUAUUUCAUAAAGCUGGCUCUUUAUGUUUCUCUACAUGCCUUAAUAUAUGUUUUAUGGAAAGUAUACAUAUUAUAAAUAAUAUAUAUUUGUUUGGAUGUCUUAUCCAUUUCUGGAGCCUCUGACCUUAACUAUUUUUCUCUUUCCCUUAUCUUCUAUACUGUUUCAGGUCAUGGCCCCCAAGUGGACCUCUCCACUCCAUCUUCUAGUCCCCCUUUUAUUCAAAAGUAGAGGGGAAAGGACUUUUAAGAUAGAUCUAUUUUCUGCUUUUGUUAAAGGCAAAUCUAUUUUCAAAUUGUAGAAUGUCCAAGUUGAUGUAGUUGCCAGUUCAUGGGGUGAUUAGGAAUAGAAGUCUCAGUACCACCACCACCACCCCUUCCACAGAAAUAAAGCUCUUCCUGUUUAUGGAUUGCUGAAUAUUUCCCAGUCCAGAAAAAGCAAGAACCUCAUUUAAAAAGAUGUUAAAGAAAUCUCUGGGAGAUUUUUCUCUUGAAGGUCUUCAGAGAACUUGAUAUUUUGGUUAAUUUCUUGAGUGCAGAUGAAUUUGUAAGUCUCAGCCGAUUCUCAUCCAGCCUGGAAAUUCAGACUUGGGUCAGCGAAAGCUAAAAAGAACCAGGAAAGAAAAUCUACUGCUGCACCAUGAUAUGUCUUCCAAAGCCAAACAAAAAUGAUUUGGGGAUUUCUGAUGCUAACUGCUCUCCCUGUAGCAUGGAGAAUUGAAAACAUUUUGGAUCUUCUGUUUUGGUUUGAUCCAAUCCUUCUCCCAUUCCCAUGUAUCUGUAAAGCAUCUCCAACUGUGUUCCUUCCCUCUCCUGGGGGACUGUCCCUUAGACAACUCUUGGGAUCAGUACCCUCAGCCUGGCAUCCAGGCUGCCAAACAAGGUCGUGUGCCAAGAAAGAUUCCAACAGAUGAUGUAGCCAUUCAGCCUUGCCAAGAGAACUCAGACCCAACCCAUCCACUGAUUUUCUCUACUGAAAUAAGGCAAAGCAACAGUCCUAGUUGCUUUCUUACCAUGAGAUAAGCAGACAAGGAACAAUUUUGUGGGGCGGGCAUGGACAAUCAGGAGGUCUCUGUAAUCUUGUGUCAAGCCUCUGUACCCAUAGGAUGGAAUGGCUCAUGAUUCUCAGUAGGAGUUUAGAACUUGACUUUGCACCUCAAGAGAUGCUUUGGUGCUUGCUGCUUUACUUAACCAGCCCAGCAUGAACUUUAUCUCCUAGCAAAUGAGAUGGGAGACUUGGUUCCCAACUUGCCUCCACCCACUCCCAUCUCAGAGAUAUGAUCUGGAGGAAAUCUCAAUGAUGUUAUCCAUGCAGGGAAAAUAGCGUAGGAUUGCCCCAGUCAAUAAUUGCCUCCAUCCAUGUCAUGUCUGGGACUGACCCGUUGCAAAGGUCACUCUAUAUUCCCAUUAUAAUGGACUCUCCUUGCCCAGGGGUUAAGUAGAAUCCUGCUCUUUAUGAGAGAAGGGGCUGGGGGAGGGAGGAGGGAAUGACAAUUGGUUGAGAUGGAAUCGAUUCCCUUGUCUUUCUGUAACACCUUCCACCUGGUCACUCUUGUAACCAAGAAAACUCCACAGGAGAGAACUAUACUUAUGCACAUUCUGGGGACAAUUUAAUCUUGCUAGAUUUAGACAAUAAACCUAACAAGGAAACCUGU